AUGUCGCAGAACAACAUGCAGAACAACAUCACUCAGGGCCAGCAAUCUCUGCCGCCACUGUCCUCACUCACCAACCGUCUACCUACGGCUGAGCCGACCCCGGCACAGCCCAGGCAGCACUCAGAAGCACGCGAGGUUCGCGACUCAGGCAAUUGGUCUCUUGCCCAAAGCAAACCCGGCUCAGUAUCGAUGCCGGCUCUCAUUUUGACUCUCGACGCAGCAGCGUAG